AUGCCGCCAAUGGUCAGUGCUCUCAAGACCAUUGCCGAAGCCCUGAUCCGGCUUCUCACCAUGCUGUUGCAGAUCCUAGUGCAGCAGCUCGAGAAGCAGGAGAUCCUUGCCGAGAUGGAGAUCGAGAACGAGCCGGAGACUCAUGCCCACCUGCAGGAUAUGAUGCGCCAAAUUCAACAACAGGGCGCCACACUGGAAGCCCUCCGAGAGGAGUUGGAAGUUCAAAAGAAGACUCCAGAAAAGAAGGUGAGACCUCAGCCUGCAGCAGCCCCAAUGAGCAUUGCCUCAAUGACCUCCGGAAGUUCCACGCCAUUGUCCAAGCCACAGGUUCCAAAUGUCAGUCAGCGAAAGAGUCGGGCACCGUCCGUCGUUUCCCAAGCUGCAAGCUGGCAAGAGAUCGAAGCCGAGGAGGAGACCAUUUUGGUCCAGGAGAUGGCCCUUUCAGUUCCCGUGGAAUUGACUCAAGGGCGAGCCUCGGUGCCACCUGCACCAACCUUGCCGCUGCCUGGAAACCUGACGAUCUCAGAGUGGGGGACCAACAUGAUCAACUUCGGCAGGAAACACAAAGGAAAGACCUUCUCAGAAGUGAUGGAGAAGGAUCCUGGUUACCUGCAAUGGAGCCUGGCCCGUUACGGGUCCGAACCUUGGAAAAAUGUCCUGGAUGCCGCCAGAUCAUUUGCUCCUCGUGUUGGCAAUGCCCGAUGUCCCACAGAUUCAACAGCUUGGAUAAGAAAGAGCAUUCCCAGCCAUCUCACGAUCACAAUGUUUGGUAGUUUGCCAAAUUCCGAAUCUGUGCCAGCGAAUGCUCGUGACCUUGGUCUUGGUGAAGACGGCCCGGCCGAUGAGCCUGAAUCUGCAGUGCGUGCGACUGGAAGCCAAAAUCUUCCGUUGGCUGUGCAUGAACGUUCCAACAGCCAAGCUUGCGAAGGAUUUGCGCCAUCUCAGUGA